UACUUCAAACUCCGAGGGAGAACCCUCUACUACGCCAAAGACUGUAAGUCCCUGAUCUUUGAUGAGGUGGACCUCUCUGAUGCCAGUGUGGCCGAGACCAGCACCAAGAACAUCAACAACAGCUUCACGGUGAUCACACCAUUCCGUAAGUUAAUGCUGUGUGCGGAGAGCAGGAAGGAAAUGGAAGACUGGAUCAGCGCUCUCAAGUCUGUCCAGAAAUGGGAAACUUAUGAGGCCAGUCAGUUCAACAUGGAGCAUUUCUCUGGGAUGCACAACUGGUACGCCUGCUCACACGCCAGGCCCACUUUCUGCAACGUCUGUAGAGAAGCUCUGCCAGGUGUCACCUCCCACGGCCUGUCCUGUGAAGUUUGUAAGUUCAAAGCUCACAAACGCUGCGCAGUUCGUUCCACCAACAACUGCAAAUGGACCACGCUGGCCUCCAUAGGAAACGACAUAAUUGAGGAUGAAGAUGGGGUGUCGAUGCCACACCAGUGGCUGGAGGGGAACCUGCCGGUCAGUGCUAAGUGUGUGGUGUGCGACAGGAACUGCGGCAGCGUCAGGCGGCUGCAGGACUGGCGCUGCCUGUGGUGCAAAGCCAUCGUUCACAACAGCUGUAAAGAACAAAUAGGGAAGGUGUGUCCACUGGGUCAGUGUCGGGUGUCAAUCAUCCCUCCUACUGCGCUCAACAGCAUCGACUCAGAUGGCUUCUGGAAGGCCACCUCAGCUUCGUGUUCCAGCCCUCUGCUCGUCAUGGUCAACUCCAAGAGUGGUGACAACCAGGGCGUGAAGUUCCUGCGAAAGUUCAAGCAGCAGCUCAACCCAGCGCAGGUCUUCGACCUGAUGAACGGAGGUCCAGAGCUCGGCCUUCGACUGUUUCAGAAGUUCGUGACUUUCCGUGUUCUGGUGUGUGGAGGAGAUGGCAGCGUGGGCUGGGUUCUCUCUGAGCUGGAUAAACUCAGCCUCCACAAACAGUGUCAGCUGGGCGUGCUGCCUCUGGGCACAGGAAAUGACCUGGCUCGGGUCCUGGGCUGGGGGGGUCUGUGUGACGAUGAUGCUCAGCUGCUUCAAAUCCUGGAGAAGCUGGAGAGAGCCACCACCAAGAUGUUGGACAGAUGGAGUGUGUUGACCUACGAGGUUCCUGCCUCCAACAAACACACACCUUCAGUGAAGGAGGAUGAUGGUCUGGAGUCUCUUCCGCAGGUCCACAUCACUCAGUAUGAAGACUCUGUGGCCUCACACUUGGCCAAGAUUCUGGACUCAGACAAACACAGUGAUGUCAUCUCCUCUGCCAAAUUUUUGUGUGGGACAGUAAAUGACUUUGUGGCUGAGGUGGGGAAGGCGUACGAGAGAGCCACAGAGAACAAGGAGGAGGCGGACGCCAUGGCAAAGAAGUGUGCGCUGCUGAAUGAGAAGCUGGAUUCACUGGUCAAGGCUUUAAGUGAAGAAGCAGAAGCUCAGGUGGUGCCGGCUGGUUCGAUGUCCAACCAGGAGAGUGUGGGUGACAGCGGCACCAGUCCCACUGAAGGUGGUGGUGGUGAUUUGGGUUCAGAAAGUAAAACCUAUCGGUCCAAGGAGCAGCUGAUGCUUCGAGCUAACAGCCUGAAGAAAGCCCUGAGGCAGAUCAUCGAACAGGCGGAGAAAGUGGUGGAUGAACAGAACCGACACACACAGGUUCAGAGGAUGUCGUCCUCAUCUUCCAUCAAAAGAGAAAACAGUGAGGAGCUGAAGGAGGUUGAGCCACGUCAAGGAAGUUUGAGCCCCACUUCCCCCAUCGACCUGGAGAAACCAGAGAGCCUUCACACCGUCACCUACAACGAGGACUUAGUACAAUGUUCAGAGAAAUGUGUGAUGAACAACUACUUUGGCAUCGGCCUGGACGCAAAGAUUUCGCUGGAAUUUAACAACAAGAGAGACGAGCAUCCAAAAAAGUGCAGUAGUCGUACCAAGAACAUGAUGUGGUACGGAGUUCUGGGAACCAAAGAGCUGGUCCAGAAAACCUACAAGAACCUGGAGCAGAGAGUUCAGCUGGAGUGUGAUGGCGUUCCCAUGCCUCUACCCAGUCUUCAGGGUUUGGCCGUUUUAAACAUUCCCAGUUAUGCAGGAGGCAUCAACUUCUGGGGGGGCACCAAGGAGGACAAUAACUUUGGAGCUCCAUCAUUCGAUGAUAAGAAGCUGGAGGUAGUGGCCGUGUUUGGCAGCAUGCAGAUGGCCAUGUCCAGAGUCAUCAACCUGCAGCACCACCGCAUCGCUCAGUGUCGUCAGGUGAAGAUCACCAUUCUGGGGGAGGAGGGCGUCCCUGUCCAGGUGGACGGCGAGGCUUGGAUCCAGCCACCAGGAAUCGUCAAGAUCGUCCACAAGAACCGGGCGCAGAUGCUGACCAGAGACAGGGCGUUUGAAAGCACGCUGAAGUCGUGGGAGGACAAGAUGAAGAUCGACAGCUACCGUCCGACCAGGCCCCGCCUCAACUCCCAGCAGUCCAUGGAAUAUCUGACUGAGGAGGAGUGUGCUCAGGUCCAGCAGCUCGGCAUGGUGGCCGACACGCUCAUCAAUAAGAUCCGUGAAGCAGCUGAGACCCACAAGCUGGUGGAGCAGGAACUGGCUCACGCCGUCAACGCCACUGCCCUCGUCCUCACCGAGGCCAAACUCUCCAGUCCUGAGUGUCUCAGUCGCAGCACAGCGGUGGAAAUCGUCAACAGCAGUAAAGUUCUUCAGGCUGAGACCAGGAUGCUGCUGGAUGGAAAACUACUGUCAGAGUCUCCAGAGGAGGGGGAGCUACGGUCGACUCUGAACAGCCUCAGUGCUGAGCUCCACAAACUGGAUGACAUCCACUGGAUCUGUCCGCUCAUGCAGUGCUCUGAGGAGGACUCGGUGAGGAUCAGCAGUAAGAGCGGCAGCAGCAGCAUGAAGCUGAAGAUCAUCCCCAAGGUGAAGAAGGAGAAAGAGAAGCUCCACAAGCAGAAGUCCAAUAGCUCCCUCUCAGGAACGUGGGAAAUCAGGGGUGGCGCUGGAGAGGCCGACUCUUCAUGCAACUGAAGUCCUUUGACCAGGUUUCAUGUCAUGCCUCUGUUACCCUAAGGACCGGGGUGAGGCUUUGUCCUCCACCGUUCUUCUCCCCCCCUUAGACUGAGGUUCAAGGAAGAACAAUGAAAAAAAAAAAAAAACAUCUUCCUGAUUUUGACGCCGUCUCCUCCUCAUGUUUCUCCUCAGUCCACCCUUUCUCAAACAGGCAGGGUUAUAUUUGUCUUUUUUGUCCUUUUAACUUUGGUUCCUGUUUACCUGCUUGAUUCAGGGAGUGGGUGUGGCCUAACACACCUAGCAGAACAACAAAGGUGCGAAACAACAACAAACUUUUUGUUGAUAUCUUGGAGUUUACGUUCUGCUCUUCUUGCAUGUCGAAUACAGACCUGUAGUUUUAUUGACAUUUUUUAGGUUCUUUUCUUCUGAAACCUACGAAUACACAGUUCUUUGAACUCAAAUCUCAGAGUAUUUAUUUGUUGUUGCUACUGCCAUACUUUCCUGACGGCGACAAACUGAACAAACUGUAACAUCUCAACCUUUUAUCAUCUGAACAUCUAACAUGUCGCAAAAAAUCUUG